AUUGGAACGUGCCCCUAGUUUCGCUUUUAGUGACAGUUGUUUCUGAUUUCACUGUAAUUGCAUCUCAUGUUUUGUACUCAUCGCUUAUUAUGCGAUAAUCGUUCUUUUUGAUUCGUAUUGUAAUCUGUGUUGUUUUAGGUUGAAUUCAGAUUAUACAAUUGUCUUUCUAGCAAUAUAAUUUAUACAAAUUUUAAACCUAUAACUUCUAGUAAAUUUUAAUAGACAUUUUAGAGAAUCAUGAGUUUUCUUACAAAACUUUUUGGAGGUGGUAAGAGUGGAUCUAAGGCUCCAACUCCUGCUGAAGCUAUACAAAGGUUGCGAGAAGUUGAAGAAAUGUUAAUGAAAAAGCAAGAAUUUUUAGAACGUAAAGUAGAGCAAGAACUGGCUACUGCUAAAAAGAAUGGCACCAAAAAUAAAAGGGUUGCUUUGCAAGCUUUGAAGAGGAAAAAGCGAUAUGAAAAGCAGCUAGGUCAAAUUGAUGGAACUUUAACGACUAUUGAAUAUCAGCGUGAGGCUUUAGAAAAUGCCAAUACAAAUACUGAAGUUCUUAAGAUUAUGGGUUAUGCGGCUAAAGCAUUGAAAAAUGCACAUGAAAUGGAUGUAGAUCAAGUACAUGAUUUAAUGGAUGAUGUUCAAGAGCAGCAGGAAAUUGCAAAUGAAAUAUCUGAUGCUAUUUCUAACCCUGUUGGAUUUGAUAAAGAUUUUGAUGAAGAUGAGCUAGCUAGAGAGCUAGAAGAAUUAGAACAAGAAGAAUUAGACAGAGAUCUACUUGCUGUUGGUCCAUCUACUACUGAAUUACCUGAAGUACCAACAGCUGAACCUGCACGUCCAGCAAAAGCAAAGCAACCUGUUGAGGAAGAAGAUGAAGAUAUGAAAGAAUUAGCUGCUUGGGCUUCAUAAUUUUCCUUGAAACUAUCCUAUGCGUUUUGUAAAAAGUUGUAUUUCAACAUGUAAGCCUGUCUCAUGAAGAUUCUUUAUCUGAUAAACUGUAUAUCUUUUGAUAAUAUGUAGUUGCUCCUGAACUAUUACAUAAUGAUUAAACAAAAAUUGUUUAUAAAGAAAAUUACAUUUUUUCUUAAUCAAGUCAAAGUAAUGAUAUUCAAUUAAACUAAUGGUUUACUCCGAAAAAUUGAAUUAAAAUUGUUUUUGAACUUUCUAUAAAUGUUGUUUGUGAUAUGAUUUGGAUAGUUAUAUUUCAUAUGUUUAUUUGUUUUAAAAUUGUUAUAUUUGUGUGAGUCUGACUACUUACAUAUUGUUUUCUAUUUUCUGUGCUUUGCAGUAUAAUUUAUAUCCAUUUAUCUAAAAGCUUGGAAAAAUGGCAGGGUUAUGAUUAAAGCUAGCUUGUAUAUAGAUAAGAGACUUCUGUAAAAUAUAGCUGUACACUUGUGUGUUAAUACAAAAUAACAUUUUAACAGUCCAUUAAUAUGCCAUUUAUUAAUUAUAUAGACAUGUAAGAAGCAACUCUGAAAUGUAUUUUGGAAUUGUAAAUUAUUUUUUCACUCUUUGCUUUUGUGCCUGUUGAAUAGACAAAAUCACACCUCUUUUUACUUUCAAAUAAAAUUAAUUAGGCUGUAUAAAAUUGUAUUGAGUAUUAAUAAAUUCUGUAUUUUACAAAAUAA